UAAGCCGAUGUCAAACAGAAUAUAAAUAAAAAUGAAAGAAAGAUCAUAAAACAUGAAAAUACAUCAAUCCACAUAUCCAUCCAUAUUUUCAAUAAAUAAAAAUAUUCCCAGUCCAGAAACUAAGUUGCGAAAAAUUACUCUGUACAAACGACACUGAUCGUGCCGGCAGACUGCCGGCCGCGGGUUGCCCUGCGCAACAACAACAUAUCGCUUUCAUAUCGCUUUUUCCUGGCAUUCAUGUUUUAGGAGAGAGAUCGCUUGCGUGAGAGAGUACGCGUUCAUUUUAAUUCAGUUCAGUUGACACAAACAUCUGUGUAUAUACGUAUCCGUAAAAGUUGGGCAGAACAAUAUAAAACAUAAAUGAUAGAUUGUCAACCGAAGCCAAACUCUCAAUUUGAAAAUAGCCGUGAUACACCGACCGAGAAGAAAAAAGCGUAAAUAUUUUUUUACAAUGAGGCUUCGCUGUUGUGGAAGUAAAUAAAGUAAAGAACGAGGACCAGGGUGUGUCGUGUGUGCAUUUACACAUACAUAUAAGCAGCGACGAAUUUAAUUAUUGUCAGAGAAAGUGCGAAGACUUUAACCACCUAAAAUAUAUCGAUCUUUAAAUAAAGCAUAUUUUCGGUAUAUAUGUAUGAAUAUCAUACCAUUAGUUUUGGAAAAUACUAAACAAAAAAUAACUUUGGGUUUUCCCGAACAAAAUAAUCUUAAAAAUUAAUCAAACUUUAUUUACUAUUAUUUUAACAUUUCUUGGCUAAUGCUUUGCUUUGCAACUGACUUUUGAUGGCUUAGCUACUUGGAAGCCCAAGUCAUUGGAGGAACCAAGUUUUAAGUGCGUUGUGAUCAAAUGUGAGGCCACUCCGUCACCAUAUCCACACCUCCACUUUUGUAGAUAGGAUCAUCAGGAAGUUGAAGAUGAACCGAAUGAAAAUCGAAUUACCACAGAAUUCAGCCGUAGCUAACAAUGAAUUUGGAAUGAAAAUGCCUUCCAUAGCUAAAUACAUGUGCCUUAUUGCUAGAGAAAAGCCUCCUAAUUCAAAAACCAACCAGAACAACUGUUCGGCCUUACAACAAAAUAUAAAUGAAAACUCUUUUCGUUCUUCGGAUAUCAACUGUCAUACUUGUUGUGCUGGUUAUUCAAAAAUCAUAUGCAGACAUUCUCGAAUGCGAUUAUUUCGACACUGUCGAUAUUUCGGCAGCUCAAAAGCUACAGAAUGGAUCGUACUUAUUUGAGGGGUUGCUCGUUCCGGCCAUUUUGACGGGAGAAUAUGACUUCAGGAUUCUCCCGGACGACUCGAAGCAGAAGGUUGCAAGUCACAUAAGAGGAUGUGUGUGCAAGCUGAAGCCCUGUGUCAGAUUUUGCUGCCCUCACGACCACAUUAUGGAUAAUGGUGUAUGCAACGACAACAUGUCCGAGGAGGAGCUGACUGAACUCGAUCCUUUCCUUAACGUGACUCUUGACGACGGGUCGGUGUCCCGCAGACACUUUAAAAACGAACUAAUCGUCCAGUGGGAUCUACCGAUGCCGUGUGACGGAAUGUUCUACCUGGACAACCGAGAAGAGCAGGAUCAGUACACGUUGUUCGAGAACGGAACUUUCUUUCGCCACUUUGACCGCGUGACCCUUAGCAAGAGGGAAUACUGCCUUCAGCAUCUUACCUUCGCAGAUGGCAAUGCAACGUCUAUUCGAAUUGCACCUCACAACUGCUUGAUAGUGCCAUCAAUUACCGGUCAGACGGUUGUGAUGAUCACUUCGCUGAUAUGCAUGGUUCUAACGAUCGCCGUUUACCUCUUCGUCAAGAAACUACAAAACUUGCAUGGAAAAUGCUUCAUCUGCUACAUGGUGUGUCUCUUUAUGGGAUAUCUUUUCCUAUUGUUCGAUUUGUGGCAGAUAUCCAUAAGCUUUUGCAAGCCAGCAGGUGUUCUGGGUUACUUCUUUGUCAUGGCCGCAUUCCUUUGGCUUUCCGUAAUCAGUCUACAUCUCUGGAACACGUUCAGAGGCUCCUCCCACAAAGCGAGUCGAUUCUUCUCUGAGCAUCGGUUUCUGGCCUACAAUACCUAUGCUUGGGGCAUGUCGAUGGUCCUGACCGGAAUCACCGUUCUGGCCGAUAACGUCGUUGAAGACCAGGAUUGGAAUCCUCGUGUGGGCGAGGAGGGACACUGUUGGAUAUAUACUCAAGCCUGGUCAGCCAUGCUCUACUUUUACGGUCCAAUGGUAUUUCUUAUUGCCUUUAACAUAACCAUGUUCAUCCUGACGGCUAGGCGUAUAAUAGGAGUGAAGAAGGACAUCCAGAACUUUGCUCACAGGCAAGAGAGGAAGCAGAAGCUGAACUCCGACAAACAGACUUACACCUUCUUCCUACGGCUCUUCAUCAUUAUGGGAUUGUCCUGGAGCUUGGAGAUAGGCUCCUACAUUUCGCAAUCCAACCAAACUUGGGCCAACGUCUUUCUGGUGGCUGACUACUUAAAUUGGUCCCAAGGAAUCAUCAUAUUUAUACUGUUCAUUCUGAAGCGUAGCACGUUGAGACUCUUGCAGGAGAGGAACCAUCCUAAAUCCACGAGGAGUGUCAUUUCUAACAGAUCGAUGGCGAGUCGUAUUACCGUGGGAACAACUCCUAAAAAUAAAGCACGGAACUCGACUUUGGCUUAAAAGCUGUAAUAAGUAAUUAUACAUAUAUGUAUGUACAUAUAUACAAUCUUAUAAAUAUCCAUACCAUAAAUAACGGUUUGUGAGGUGGAUUUCACACCAUUCAUUUAACAUAAGAUGUUUUUUUAACAUUUGAAAUAAAAAAUAAUACUACAGUA